AUGACAACUUCUAGCUUGACAAUGGAAAUUCCAACCGUCACUACCGAAAAUUCAUUGGCUGUAUCGGCGUAUCAUGCGGCUCUAUCUCAAUACGUUAAUUCGUUACUUCAAUCUCACUCACACUCCAAUACAUCAUCUUCCUCCCGUCUACCAUCUCGAUCCAGGUCUAGAUCUAUAUCCCGGUCUCAAUCACCUUCACCGAACAAUCUACGGAGGAGAUCAACCAUCAAAGCUUUCAACCAAUCAAACAAUAUCAAAAACAACGACAACAGUAAUGGGAAUAAUGAAUCGUUAUUGGAUCCGAAUAUAAGAGUGGAAACGUUGGUAGACGGAAAGAUCAAACCUGAUUUAUUAGAACACGAAAAUCUAGAGAAGAUUGACCAGGAUCAGCAUCAGGAUCAGGACAUAACGCAUCGGUCUGGACACGAAUGUGGGGGAGAUGGACCGAAAUCAUCGAUCGCAACUCAUAGAUCAGUUAUCACCACCGUCACCACCGAAGGAUCCCAGGUAGAAGUGGAAAGUAGUAGUUUAUCAACUUCGGAGGGGAAUGACACGAAUAGAGGAAGAGUCAGAUCAAGAUCAAAGACUAUAAGACCCAAGAAACUUGGUGAACAUGAUAGAUCAGAAAGUUAUGAUCAUAAAAGAAGGUUGAAGUUCGCAAAGAAUCGUGCUCAGUUGGACAGUAAGGUCAUUUAUUGGUUGCAAGGUGUAAGGGAUGCAUCGCCAGAGGGCGUAGAGAUGUCACCUGAUAUCCCACCUGAAAUCCCCGAUCCUAUCCCAUCGCCCUCAAUCCCUCACGCUGUAAUUCAUCGGUCGACUAUCCCUUCGUCCACCAACGUAUCUACUUCGAAAGUUGCUACACCCAUUACGGUAAAACCCUCUCCAUUGAUCUUGUACGACGAUUUCCCUACCAAGGCUGAACAGCAUAGUCCACGAUUCGUCCCUAAUGCUCGGUCACCCCGUUCGGACUUUGCAUUCAACAUUGAUCAUAUGCCCGUCCCAAUCCCGAUCCCUAUGGGCGGCAAAUCGACCAAUCCCGGAAGUGAGAUUGGAUAUACUAAAUCAGGAUUGAACUUCUCGUCCAACUCUUCCAAAGCUACCUUGAAAUCGCAUCAUCAUUGCAACCACAAUACUGGUACGUCGGACAAGGGCACCGAAAGUAGUGAUAAUCAGCAAAGAGAUAAUAAAGAUGAAUGGUUAUUGACCGUAUUGGGUCAAUCGGAUAACUGGGAUAUACCAUGUCGUAUCCCUCCCAUUUCUGAGAAUGACUCAAGCACAGGGAUAGAAAAAAGAAGAAGUAGAAGUCCUAUGAGGGUUAUGGUAUCUGGGGAAAUGCCUACCCCGAAACCUGUAGCAGCUGGGACUUCUUUUUGGGGAUGA